ACCAAGGCCACGUCAAAGAGUCCCAAGUCGGCUCUGAAGAGCAAGGCCGGUUCGAAGAACAAGGCUGCUAAGGGCAGGAACGCGAAGAACAAGCUCGCCGCAAAGGGCAAGACUGGUCGCAAGGCUACAAAGGCUGCUUCAAAGAAGCCCAAGUCGGCUUUGAAGAGCAAGGCCGGUUCGAAGAACAAGGCUGAGUCCAAGACUAAGACCGCCAAAGGCAAGACCGCGAAGGGCAAGACCUCGAAGAACAAAGUCGCUACAAAGGGCAAGACUGGUCGCAAAGCCACCAAGGCGACUUCAAAGAACAAGGUUGCGUCCAAGGCUCCGAAAGGCAAGACCGCAAAGAACAAGGUCGCUACAAAGGGCAAGAACGCUCGCAAGUCCACCAAAGCCGCUUCGAAGAAACCCAAGGCUGUUUCGAAGAGCAAGGCUGGUUCGAAGAACAAGGCCGCGUCCAAGGCAAAGGGAAAGACCACCAAGGGCAAGGUCGCCGCAAAGGGAAAAAAUGCUUUGAAGAGCAAGACCAACUCCAAGUCCAAAGGAAAGACCGCUUCGAAGAAUGUAAAGGGCAAGAACGCGUCCAAGAAGACCACUUUCAAGACCACAAAGGGCAAGGUCGCAGCGAAGGGCAAGACCGCGGCAAAGGGAAAGAACGUAUCCAAAAAGGUCACUAGCAAAGCUUCCAAGGCUGGCUCAAAGGCUUUUCAGAGAAAAGGAGCCGCCUCCAAAACUCGCACUGCGUCCAACAAGGCUAAAGGGAGGACUACCGCCAAAGGCAAGACCGCGUCUAGGGGUAAAGUCGCCAACAAGAAGACUUCCAAGCCCAAAGGCAAAACCAGCUCCAAGGCCGUCAAGCCUGGCGUCAAGUCAAAAGCUUUGAACCGUGGAAAGAACAACAGCUCAAAGGCCAGGUCUCAGGCCGCACCAAAGAAUACGGGGUCAAAAAAGUCUGCUCCCAAGCAAAACGCGCAAAAGAAGCAGACGAUCAAGCAGGCCGCCCCUAGGAAGGCGGCACCAGCACCCAAGGCCGUCCCCAAAAAGGCAGCUCCAGCGGCAGCUCCCAAGAAGGCUAUCGGAAAGAAGCCUCGGUGA